CGGCGGAGGCUGGAGCGGGAAGGAUAACUGCUAGCACUGGAGGUCGACUCAAAACUGGUGUUUACUCGGUACCCGGCACAAGGGGUGAAGCUUUCGCCUCUCACAAUGAUGUGAAACUAAGUGUGUUAUCGUUCUGCUCUGUGGGAAACUGACCAGGAGCCUUUCCGCUCAUUUAGCUGUCUGUUUGCUAGCUAACGUCUCCUGAAGUUACACUAGCUGCUCGGUUAACAAGUUGCAUCAGGACUUGGACAUCAACAGGUAGACUUCCCAUUUGAGAUAUUCGCUAUCAAUGGCCUCCAAAGGUUGGCAGCAUCCUUAUGUCAACAUAUUCAAACAUGUCAGAGUUGAAGAGUGGAAAAGGUCGGCAAAAGAAGGGGAUGUAGCAACAUACACGGAGAAGAGACUGAAGUGUUCAGUAUUCAGGAUCAAGGGUCCUGUUCCUGCGAGCAGUUACAUCUUGGUACCCAAAAACAGCAACCAGUCUCUGGGACUGACAGGUCGCUACUUCUAUCUUCUCUUCCGGCCCACCCCUGACAAAUACUUUGUGGUCCACCUGGAUGUUUGUGUGGAGGAGGGUCAGGUGGUCCGUAUCUCUUUUUCCAACAUGUUCAAAGAGUUCAAGUCCACAGCUACCUGGCUCCAGUUUCCUUUCCUGUGCGGAGCCGCAAAGGAUUCAGUGUAUGAAAGCACGGCCAAAUCUGCAAGACAUGGUUUGGUGGGUCCAGCUCCCACUUCUGUGCGUUGGACCUGUCUGAUGCUGGAUCUGCAGUAUACACUCUCUGUCUACCUCAACCGCUGCUACAGUCAACUUAAGAGCAUUAAGCUUUGUGCCAACAUGGCAGUGAAAAACAUGUUUACCAGCGACCUGCUGCUAGAUCCAGGACUUUCCUUCAGUGAAGCCAAGAUGAUGGGUCUGGCUUCGUCUCAGGGAACAGGUGCUAUGCCCAGAGAAAUGUCAUACCCUGUCCCCAAGGGAGGCUCCUGGCAUGACCUCUAUGAUUAUAUCAGGUUUCCCUCAGAAGGAACAAAGUUGCCCUUUGACUCCAUCCAAAAAGACAGUCCAAGGCCCGAGGCUAGUUGCAUCUCUAACCGAAGAAGCCCUGUUAGAGAGGAGUCUCGCUGUGUGAACCUCAGCAAACCAGUUCAGGACCGCGUGUCUCUCAUUCAGCAUAUCACGGCUCCAAAAUUGCCACUGAGGAAUCAAACCCCCAUGGUUACCGACAUACCAGAGCUGGGUCUAGUUUCCACUCCGCAGAAUGAUGAGUGGCUUCACCGUGAUGAUGACUGGUACCAGCAGGAGUCCACAUGCUCCAGUUCACAGCAGUUCCCAUCCAGACCUCCCUGGGAUGCAGAUGAUGGAGGAGUUCAUGUGCACAUUCAUCCUGAGGAUGGCUUCAGCAAACAUGGGGAAGGAAGUGAAGAAGAGUUUGUUUGUACUUCAGUUCCACAUCCUGUCCAUCUAGCAGCAUCCAAAGAAACCAGACAGCAGAAGCUGCUCCCAGACCCGAUCCUCAGGCUUAAUCGAAUCAUCGGCUAUGGAGGAGCCACGACUAAAUGUGCCAUGUGGACCAAAUCAGGUGAUGCAGUGGUGUAUCCGUGUCACGCAAUUAUUGUCUCUAUGAACAUAUCAUCUAACCAGCAGAGAUUCUUCAUCGGUCACACUGAUAAGAUAUCUGCUCUGGCUUUUAAUGGCAACACAACACUGCUCGCCUCUGCACAAACUGGCAACCACAGUAUAGUUCGAGUGUGGAACUACCACAAAGGAACCUGUCUGGCCAUGUUUAGGAUUCAUGCUCAUUCAUUAUCAUCUCUUAGCUUCUCCUAUGGUGGCAGUAUCCUAUGUGGAGUGGGCAAAGACAGCCACAGUAAAACAAUGGUGGUGGUGUGGAACACUGUGAACGUUAAUAAAGGUGGAGAGGUGACCAUAUUAGCCAAAGCACACACAGAAGUGGACAUCCGCACCAUGAAGGUUGCCUUCUUUGAUGAUACAAGGAUGGUGUCAUGUGGUCGCGACAACAUUCGCCUGUGGAGAGUGAGGAAUGGGACACUUCGCUCGUGUCCAGUUAACCUGGGUGAAUACCACUCACUGGACUUCACUGAUGUGGCCUUUGAGGAAGGACACUCCUCCAAACAGCAUCUUGAUGAACGAACACUAUUUGCCAGCAGUCGGAGCGGCUAUAUUUUUGAGAUUGAUUACAGCACAGUUGUUAUUAGAAACGUCAGGAGGCUUCUGCCUGCACAGCAGCAGCAUGCAAACCGCAGGGAGAAAUUGACGUUUGGUACAGGUCCAGGCAUUGCCAUCAACAGCAUCAGUGUGUCCUCGUCAUUUUGCGCCACAGGCUCUGAAGAUGGCUUCCUGCGGCUCUGGCCUCUUGAUUUUUCUACUGUCUUCCUGGAGGCAGAGCAUGAGGGACCUGUGAGCCUGGUGUCAGUCUCAUCAGACAGCUUGCAGGUCCUGGCAGCCACCUCUACUGGAAACCUGGGUUUCCUCGAUGUGAGCAGCCGAGGUUACAACACACUAAUGAGGUCACAUACAGACACAGUGCUCGGCUUUAGUGUGGACGGAAUCCGUCGGCAUCUAACAACAGCCUCCUCUGAUGGCACAGUGCGCAUUUGGAACAUAGAUUCCUUACAUCAGUUGUAUGAUUUUGUGUCAGAGGACAACCCCUGUUCAGUGGCCUUCCAUCCCAGUGAGCAAGUCUUCUCUUGUGGCUUCAGCUCCGGCAUCAUUAGAGUCUUUGAUAUCUCCACUGCCAAGCUGCUGGCAGAACACAAGCAGCACAGAGGUGAAGUGGUGGGUCUUGCCUUCUCUCCCAAUGGAGAGUUCAUGUACAGUGCUGACUCUCAAGGCUCUCUGGCACUCUACAACGCCUCUGAGGAAGAACACAAUGUGAUCAGAGUUGUGUGUAAUGUGCUGGCCCGAGGCACUGAUCGUGCUCCAGACGCUCUCACAGUGAGCAGUGACAGCCGCUGUCUGGCUUUUAUUGGUCCUUCAGAGUACAUUGUUACCAUCGCUGACUCACAGUCUCUGGACGAGUUGCUCCAUGUAGACGUGAGUAUUUUGGACGUGCAAAGCCCCCGUCUUGAUUCUGCACUGAAGGUCUGCUUCUCUCCGGCUUCCACUGAACACUUGUUGGUCGCCACGUCUGCUAACAAGAUCCUCUGGGUUAGCACUAAGACAGGCCGUCUCCUCCGAGAGGUGUCUAAGGUGCACAAACACCAGUGCUCGUCCCUGGCUGUGAGUGAGGACAGUCGAUUCCUGCUGACAGCAGGACACAAUGCUGUGAAAGUGUGGGAUUAUCACAUGCAGCUCGAUAUUAACUCACAGAUGUUCAUAGGCCACAGUCGGCCUAUCCGCCAGGUGAGCUUCACCCCUGACCAGCUGGGCGUAGUCUCAGUGGGAGACGCCAUAUUCCUCUGGGACUUCCUAGCAUAUCCUGUUGACUCCUUUACGGAAAGCCGUUCACCUCUCAGAGUAAGCUUCAUCUCAGCUCCUAAAUCAGUUCAACCAGAUGGGGAAGCCAGCCACGUUCAGUUGUCCAAUGGGAUCCCUCGACAGACAGCUCCCCUCCCCUCCUCACCACCACCACCACUGGACAUCAGCAGCCUUGGCCAAGUUGACCAGGAGGCUUUGGGCUCCUUGUCGAUUUGUGAUGACACCCCGUCCAUCGCAAACGCUUCAGUCCCAGACCCUGGUUCAGGUCCUGAACCCAGACCUGCUGUGUCCUUCCUCAAAGUCACAGAGCUGGGAAACACUUCUCCCCUGAAUACAAGUCUCAUGGAUUCGGUUGGGUUGAAAGAGAAGAAGCCAGUACGUCCUGAUUGUUACAGGCACUUUAUUCCACGUUUCAAGAGCUCCAGUCUUGAUGAGGCUGCUGUGGCUGCAAAACCAGGAGAAGAGGGCAUCAAGCUGAAAGCCGUGAUCGGAUAUAAUGGCAAUGGUCGUAGCAACAUGGUGUGGAGCCCCGACCAAGGUUUGAUUGCAUACUCGUGUGGCAGUGUGGUGGUGGUAGAGUACCUUCAUUCAGGAAGUCAGAGACACCUGCAGGGCCACAGCGAGGAGAUCUCCUGCCUCGCAAUCACAAAUGAUGCACAGACGGUGGCAUCAGCAGCUGGUGGCAGUAAUGGUAGCAGGAGCCUCAUCUGCAUUUGGGACGUCCAGAAUGGAACUUGUCGUAAUACCAUCUCAUACCACAAGGGGGCAGUGCAGAGUCUUGCUUUCUCCAGGGAUGAUCGCUUCUUUAUCUCUGCUGGAGACUUCUCUGACCCAGAGGUGGCUCUGUGGAGCAGUAAGACCUUCCAGCUGCUGUGCAGUGUGAGUAUGUCAGGACCAAUCCAUGAUGCCGCCUUCAGCCCCUCAGCAGCCAGCCAGCUCGCCUGUGUGGGCAGCCAUGGGGUUUACUUCUGCAUCAUCCACACACAUGGCUUGGAUGUGGACCUCAAGGUCCAGAAGGUGAAAACUCCAGUAGAGGUGGGUGAUAUUGAGAUGACGGCUUUGUGCUACCACAUGGACUCUUUUCUUUUCACCGCUACAAACCGAGGACACGUUUGCGUCUGGGACGUAAACGGACAGCGCUGCUUAAUGACCUGGGAAGCUGACGAGGGAGAGAUCGGAGUGCUGCUGUGUCGAGGGAACCGUCUGUUGACAGGCAGCAACACCCGCUGGUUACGACUGUGGGAGGUAGAAGCUGUACUGGGCGUGAAGCCUCAGGGAAAGGUCUGCAAUGGGGAAGACAGUGGGACCAUGGUGGUGUUGGAGCAGGAGAUAAUGCUGGACGGGACGACAGUCAGUGCAGCAUUUGAUCACAUGAUGGACAUGGGCAUUGUUGGUACCACAGCAGGAACCCUCUGGUACAUCAACUGGUCAGACAACAGCAGCAUCCGGCUGGUCAGCGGGCACAAGACCAAGGUGAACGAUGUGGUGUUUAGCUCUGACGAGAGACAUUUUGCCACCUGCAGCGAGGACGGCAGCGUGAGGGUGUGGUCAGCGCCCAGCAACGAACUGGUGGUGCAGUUCCAGGUGCUCAAUCAGGCCUGUGGCUGUGUAUGCUUUAGCCCUUCUUCCAGUAAGGAGAGUGCAUGUGUAGCUGCAGGAUACAGCGAUGGGACCCUGAGGAUCUUCCGGCUUUCUUCCUCAGAGAUGGAGAUGAAGUUGCAUCCCCAUCAAGUGGCUGUCACUGCCAUCCAAUACUCUGCUAACGGUCAUGUGAUCCUUUCAGCGGGGAAGAAUGGUCUGGUAGCUGUCAGCAGCCCAGUGAAUGGAGCGACUGUAAGAGCCAUUAGGGACCACAAAGGAGCGCCGAUUACCACCAUCCAAUGUGUGAAUGAACAGUGUAAGAAUUUCGGACUGGAAGGAAACGAGAUGUGGCUGGCUGCCAGCGCUGACAGACGUGUCAGUGUGUGGGCUGCUGAUUGGUUGAAGGACAAGUGCGACCUGCUCGACUGGCUGACAUUUCCUGCUCCGGCCUAUUUUGGGGACGACAGCCCACCUCCUAGCCUAGCUGCCUUCUGCCCCACAGACUCCAGUCUGGUGGUCUACACUGGCUAUGGAGUAGAGAAAGAGCUGUCCUUCUACAGCCUGACCAAAAAACAGAUAAUUAAAAAGAUUGCUCUGCCCAGCUGGGCCACAUGCUUUAGCCUCUCCUGUAAGAAUGAACUCAUAGCUGUGGGAUCUAAAGAGCGAGUGUUGAAGUUGAUCAAGUCGAGCAGCGGCAGGUUCCAGGACUUCCUGCAGCACAGUGACUCGCUGCAGACGUGUCACUUCUCCCCCUCGGGGACGCUUCUUUUCACCGUAGCUUAUAAUGAGAUCCUGCUUUGGGAGGUGCAGGGUCUCUAAAGGGGCCUCAAACAUUGUAGCUUUAACCCGUUUCACAUGUGCCUAGUUUAAAAUGUAACUAUACUGUAUGUAAUUUUAUUGUCUCAUAUUUAUUUUUUUGUGAUUUUGAGGGAAAUCAUAAACUUUUGUGGUAAAGCUCUGUGUAAAAAUUUGCCCAUUGACUUUCGUCACGUGUAUAGUUUUAAAAUACAUUUUUAUUUUUUUAGAUUUUUUAAUUGUGAGUUAGAAUGUGAAUGAACACGGGUGAGUGAAUAACAGUUUUUGUAAUGUCUACUGUUUUUCAGUAGAAUCAUGGUUAUGUGGGCUGCUGUGGGAAGGCAUGGGGUGUAAAUAAAGCAGCAUUUAAAAUAACAA